CAGAGAAACUGAGUCACAGACAGAGACAGAGAGACCUAGGGCCGGCAAGAGACAGGGACAUGGAGAGAGAGCACAGACAGAGAUGGAGACAGAGAGACAGUGACAGGAGACAGAAUGAAAGAAACACCCAAGGGGCACGAAGAGGCCGAGAGACAGAGCCAGAGAGAGAGAAAUGGAAACAGACAAAUGAACAGAGAGUCAGAGACACUUAGACUUGAGACAGAGCCACAAGACACAGAGGUGAAGGCAUAGAGGAGAGAACAACAGAGACAGGGAAAGGCAGAGACCAAGGCAAGGCAGGACCUGGAGGCUCCCAGAGCAGGAGAGGCUGAGGGAGGGGCCCGAGGUGAGGCCUAGGAACCAGAGAGGGAGGACAAGAGGCCAGAGAGACCCGGGCCGGGCCACAAGGGUGGCGGCUAGCGGGGGAGUGGGGGGGCGCCCAGGCUGCAGCCUCAGGAGUGCCCAGGGGCAGUGUUUUUUCCCCGCGGGCAUGCGCGUGGUGUGUGGGUGUGCCCGGGGGUGUCCCCAUCACUCUCCUGUCGCGUUGCACCCCGAGGGGGGAAUCACAAGUGUGCCCUGGAGCAGGCAUGGCACCUGCACGAGCUGUGCUGUUGCCACCCGGUGUGUCCGUGUGUGCCGUUUGGCAUUGCUGCGUGUGUCGCCGGACGUGUUUGUGCAUGAGUGUCUCGAUUCCCUGUGGCUGGUGGGGCCGUGUCUCUUCGUGACAUAUGACAUGGGAGGGAGAGGGGUUCCGUCUGCGAGAUCCCUGCAGGUGCAGGCUGUGUCCCGGAGGUCAGCGUGUGCAAGGUGUGUGUCUCAUGGUAGCGUGCCAGUGUCUCCUCGCGUGUGGCCGGAGGACGGUCCCGUCUGUGUCCAGAUGCACACGUCCAGGUCCGUGUGUUAUCUCCGUGCUGCUGCGUGUGGUGGCGUUCUGCAUUGUGGGUCACGCUAGGAGUCACCGUGCGUCACUCCGCACGCAUGGGCCGUUCUGUAACGUCGCUGUGCGUUGCGUCUCAUCAUGGGGCUUGCGUGUGUCGUGGUGAGCUGUCACUCAGAGAUGCGACCCUGUGUGUCAUGUCUAGGCGUGUCCAUCGCGGGGGCCUCUCCUUUCCCCACCAUGAACACAGCCUGGGUGCUCGCACGCAGAGCGUGCUGUUUGUGUGGCUGUGUAUUCUGUUGCACUGGAGGGCGUCGCCCCGGUGUUGUGCGUGCUGUCGUUGCCCGCCCGGGUGUCGGCCGGGCCAGUGGAUCACAUCCGCUGUUUUAUUGCGACGCACGGUGUUUUGUGAAAGACGGUGCCGGGAAAUACCGUGUCGGUGUGCUUUGUGUCAUUCUGUGUCCGUGUAGGACUCUGUGUAUGUUGUGUUUGUGUGUUGGUGUGGCCAUGCGUGUUGGAGUGCAUCAUGCACAGGGCCGUGUGGGGGUGUAGUUCGGAUGUGGCUUGUCAGUCAGAGGAGAUACUGUGUGCCCUACUCUGUGCGUGUUGCAUUUAGGCGUCGUGGUCCGGGUAGACUGUGCCCCAGCUGCAUGGGGCUCCCUCCCCCGUGGGGCACCGCUCUGGGUUCUGUCCUCCGUGAUGCGCCAAAAUAGAGCAGGAUGUCUUACUCUGGGCACGUGCUGUUUGGGGCUUUUUCUAUGUGUCGCUGUAAUGCACAUAGAGACUGUAGGUCUCUCGGUGGGUCCAUUUAUGUUGCUCUAACCACGCAUCUGGAUGGCAUUGUGCCCCGGGGUAUACUGUGUGGCACAGUCUGUCUGUGCUGCAAGUCAUUCUGAGCCUGUGCGCCCGGGUCGCCAGGUGCUAUGAUGUGGAUCGGUGUGCAUUUCUCUCUGUGCUGGCGCUGGGGGACGGCCACAGGUGUGUCCCUAAACGUGGUGUGUCUGCACACGUCGGGUGUCAUUCCGCGGGUGUAGAAUGUUUGGGACACUUACUAGCGCAUUGUUUACAUAGAUGUGUUGAGUGUGGCAUCUGGCUGUCACUGAGUCAAUACAUACUGUGUGUCUGUGGGAAAACUGGUAUGUGUUAUGCUAAUGUAGCUGUGGCCGUGCACCGUGUGCGGGGGUCUGGGUGUGGCUAUUUGUGUCAGAGAAUGUUGUGUCCGUUUUGAUUGUCAUGUUUGUGCCUGUGUGUGGACAGUAUUUGGGUGGUCACGUGCGACCCGGGGCAGUGCCUGCCUCGCUGAGUGCCGGCGUGGGUCACACCGCAUGUGUGGUGUCUGGGUGUGGCUGUGGGUUUCAGAGCUCAUCGGGAGUUGUGAGUCACUCGGUGUAGGUUGUGUUGUGUGCCCAUGUGUGUUAGGUUCCGUCUCCGGCCAUGCCGUGUGUGAAGGUUCACCACCCCUCGUCUUGUGGUGUCUGGGUGUGGCUGAGUGAAGGUGUGCAUUACAGGGCGCAGACUGUUGUGUGUGACAAAACCUAUUGUGUCCCAGAAGCAUGUGUCUUUAUCCACGUGGAUGCACGCCUCUUCCUUGCUCUGCCCCGAGACACACCCCAGUCCCUUCUUAGACCGAGAAGGGAGGUUGGGGAGCCUCCCCUCUGCCCAAGGGCCACGCCAGCCCCUCCCCGCCCUGCCCAACCGUCACCACCCCCAGAGGGCACAGACUCCCUCCGUGCCUCAAAGCAAGAGCCCCAGAGUGAGGAGCAGAGCAGGCUGAGGACCUGCAAGCCACAGUGGCUGCCCUUUGUGUGCUGCGAGGUGGGGGACCCUGGGCAGGAAGCUGGCUGAGCCCCAAGACCGCAGGGGCCAUGGGCGGGGAGCUGGUGCCGGGCCUGGGGGCCCUACAGCGGCGAAAGCGGCUGCUGGAGCAGGAGAAGUGGCUGGCUGGCUGGGCACUGGCACUGGCGGGAACUGGCAUCGGACUCAUGGUGCUGCACGCGGAGAUGCUAUGGUUUGGAGGGUGCCCGUGGGCGCUCUACCUGUUCCUGGUUAAAUGCAUGAUCAGCAUUUCCACCUUCUUGCUUCUUUGUCUUAUCGUGGUAUUUCACGCCAAAGAGGUCCAGUUGUUCAUGACCGACAACGGGCUCCGGGACUGGCGCGUGGCGCUGACCGGGCGGCAGGCGGCGCAGAUCGUGCUGGAGCUGGCCGUGUGCGCUCUGCACCCAGCGCCGGUGCGGGGUCCGCGGUGCGCUCAGGGUUUAGGGUCCCGGUCCGCGGCGACGCAGUCCUGGCCGGGCUUCCUGGAUGAGGGGGAGGCGCUGCUGUCGCUGGCCAUGCUGCUGCGCCUCUACCUGGUGCCCCGCGCCGUCCUCCUGCGCAGCGGCGUCUUGCUCAACGCGUCCUACCGCAGCAUCGGCGCCCUCAACCAGGUCCGCUUCCGCCACUGGUUCGUGGCCAAGCUGUACAUGAACACGCACCCCGGUCGCCUGCUGCUCUGCCUCACGCUUGGCCUCUGGCUCACCACCGCCUGGGUGCUGUCGGUGGCCGAGAGGCAGGCUGUUAAUGCCACCGGACACCUUUCGGACACACUGUGGCUGAUCCCCAUCACAUUCCUGACCAUUGGCUAUGGGGACGUGGUGCCAGGCACCAUGUGGGGCAAGAUUGUCUGCCUCUGCACUGGAGUCAUGGGGGUCUGCUGCACAGCCCUGCUGGUGGCCGUGGUGGCCCGGAAGCUGGAGUUUAAUAAAGCAGAGAAGCACGUGCACAACUUCAUGAUGGACAUCCAAUAUGCCAAAGAGAUGAAGGAAUCAGCUGCCCGAGUGCUGCAAGAGGCCUGGAUGUUCUAUAAACACACACGGAGGAAGGAGCGUGGAGCUGCCCGAAGGCACCAGCGCAGGCUGCUGGCUGCCAUCAACAGGUUCCGCCAGGUGCGGCUGAAACACAGAAAGCUCCGGGAGCAAGUGAACUCCAUGGUGGACAUCUCCAAGAUGCACAUGAUCCUGUGUGACCUGCAGCUGGGUCUGAGCAGCUCCCAUCAGGCCCUGGAGAAGCGGAUGGAUGCACUGGCCCGGAAGCUGGACACCCUGACCGAGCUGCUUAGCAAUGCCCUGGGGCCGCAGCAGCUUCCAGAACCAAGCCAGGAGGCCACGUAGCUGGACCCAUGGAGGAAGAACCAAGCUACUUUCCCCAGGAUUGAGGUCAAGGACAUUGUCCCUGCUACUCCUGACCCAGCCCUACGAAUAAAGCACCUCAAGUGCAAGGACCGAAGGGGGCUCCACCUUUGGAUGGGCUCACUCACAGAUGGCUGCUGGAGGAGACACUGGCUCAAGGAGAAGGGCCGUGGCCACACACACACACGCCCACUCCCUGCCCCCGACGGGAAAAUGGUCACUACUACCCUACAUACCCUCGAUAAAACAUCCUCACUAUGCUGCUACGGGUGACCUCCAGCUUUCAGUUAGAAGGGGAGGUGCCUGGGGGGGUGAGACUUCUGGGUCCCAGAGGAGGAGGGGACCAGGGGUGGGGGGGGGCCCAGAGUCCAGGAUCCUGGGAUGCCUCAGUUACCGCUGGAUAAGGGAGCUGAAGGAACCAGGCCUGAGGCUGAGAAGAAGCAGCGCCCUCUGGCGGGAGAGCAAGGAGAACACAGUUUUCCAGAGCUGCAGAGUAUCUGGUGGGGAGAAGGCGGGUGGGGGGCACAACUCACCAGUCUCUGCUCUUAACUUUGUAAUAAAUGUUAAAGCCAGA